UUCUAAAUCCGUUCAACGCCAAAUAUGGUAAAGAUUGGGUCUUUAUGUCCAUUUGUCUAGCAAUAGAGAUAUAUUCAACAAUACUAUAAGUCUCUAUGUCUAUUCGACGUUCUUUCCUUUUUUCAACAAAAAAUAAAUGAUAGCGUAGAGUUGACUUAGAACAAGUCAAUAACAACUGCAAGUUUCACAUAGACCUAAAUACACUCUUAAUUCCUUGUUCUUGCAAAGUCAUUUCUUCCAAAUCUCGAAAAACAUUUAUUCCAUGGCUGCCAAUAUCCAAAACUCUGAUAUAGAAAUUUGCAAUGUCAUUUCAGAAUCAAAGAGAAUCGCCACUUCCCAACAACACCAUUUCAGAGCUCUCUCUCUUCUCUUCUUGCUUCCUUUGUCUAUUUUCACAUUCCUCUUUCUAAAUUUCGAAAAAACAAUAAUCAUUUCAUUCAUCUUAGCCUUCUUUGUCAUAAUAUCCGCUUUUUGUGCUGUGGCUACUAUAACAUACACUACUUUUCAUGGAUAUAACGGUCAACCUAUCGAUCUUUCCUCGAUUCUUUUCUCCAUUUUCCCCUUGUUUCUUCCCUUUAUUUCUACUUUCACCCUUUUACUACUCAUCUUGGCUUUAAUUUCCAUAUGCCUUGGCCUUGUGUUCCUUUUGAUCUCCAAAGGAAUUCUACUCAUGGGGUUUGACAUGAAUUUAAAUUCAUUUUACUUUAAUUCCUAUGUUUCAAUCAUGAUUGUAGUUGGAAUAUUUUUGGACAUGAAGUGGAUGUUAGCAAAUGUGAUUAUUGUGGUAGAAGUUUCUCUCCGUCGCUCCGGUAGGGAUGUUUUUGUGGAAUUGCGGCACUUUUUGGCUGAUACAUACCGGUGGUUGGAGUAAAUGGUUGAACAUCGUUUCUUUUGCAAUGGACUUAGUGAUUUACUCAGCAUUUUUGACAUUGUUCUUACUUCCUAGUUUGGUUCGAAAUGUGAUUUUGUAUGUGCAGUGCAAGGCCCUAUGUGGGGAAUUUUUGGAAGACUUACCCCCCUAUGAUUUAAUAUAGGUUCAAUUUUCUUGAUUUUCCAAGUUUCAUUGUCUUAAGUUCACAUGUAGUGAGUGUGUAAGUGUAUUAUAAUCACUUGAUGAGCUAUAUACGGUAAAGAUCUGUAUUUAAAUUCUUUUGUAUCCCUUCUCCCUACAAGCUCCAACCGCACCCAAAAAAAAAUAAAUAGCGAGUGCAUUUCUUCUUUUGGUCAUAAUUUUCCUAUUGUUAUGGAAU